UGUUCAAACGCGCGAGUAGCGGCAGGAGAAGCAACAGCAGCACAUUCUGUACACGUUGGUACCUCACUGAGUGUAUCGCUCGUCUCACUGUACUGUAGGUGCUUUGCAUAAGGGAGUUGCUUUCGCCUCAACAGUGUGUUAGACGCUACUUGAAGUCAUGGCUGACCAGGUGGCCGCCAUGUGUGAUCAGCUUGUGAAAGCUGUGAAUGUGAUUAUGGACGCAGAAACAAGUCAAAUUUACCGACUGGAGGCCCUAAAGUUUUGUGAAGAGUUUAAAGAGACGAGCUCCUUGUGUGUCCCAUGUGGCUUACAAUUAGCUGACAAAGCCCAGCCAGCAGUAGUGAGACACUUUGGUUUGCAAAUCCUGGAGCAUAUCAUCAAAUUCAGAUGGAACGACAUGCAGCAACAGGAGAAAGUCCACCUGAAGGAGUGCGCCAUGCAGCUGUUAUCAAAUGGUACUCAUUCGAUCUUGGACGAGGAGAGCCACAUCAAAGAUGCCCUGUCACGAAUAGUUGUGGAAAUGAUAAAAAGAGAAUGGCCUCAGCAUUGGCCAGAUAUGCUGAAAGAGAUGGAGACUCUCACUAGCCAAGGGGAGGCCCAGACAGAGUUGGUCAUGCUGAUCCUUUUGAGGCUGGCUGAGGAUGUGAUCACCUUCCAGACGUUGCCUACCCAGCGACGCAGAGACAUACAGCAGACACUCACCCAAAACAUGGAAAGCAUCUUCACUUUCAUGAUGGGCAUUCUUCAAAUUAAUGUGGAGGACUAUCGUAAACUGAAAGGUUCUCCUGGAAAUGAACUGCAGAUGAGAGCUCACUGUCGAGUUGCCGUGGCUACGCUGAAUACACUCGCAGGCUACAUAGACUGGGUCGCUCUGGUGUACAUAACCUCCGGAAACUGUCAUCUGCUGGAGAUUCUGUGUCUGCUGCUGAGUGAGCCGGAGCUGCAGCUCGAGGCAGCGGAGUGUCUGCUCAUUGCUAUGAGCCGCAAGGGCAAGCUGGAAGAGAGGAAACCAUUCAUGCUUCUGUUUGAUGAUGUGGCCAUCCAGUAUAUUCUUUCUGCAGCCCAGACAGCAGAUGGACUUGCGAUAUAUCAGAAAUCCGCAGAAUCAUCAUUAAGUAGCCGUGACUCAGAGCCCUCUAUGUGUACCUCUAGAGCAGUGGAGGUGGUGGAGCGGCGUUACAUCUUCCUGAAGAGGCUCUGUCAGGUCCUGUGUGCUUUGGGAGGUCAGCUUUGCUCAUUAGUGGGUUCAGACGUAGAGGUUGAAGUACCUGCAAACCUCAGCAAGUACAUGGAAGCCCUUUUAGCCUUCACUACGCAUUCCAGUCAGUUUUUAAAGUCCUCAACCAUGGCGACAUGGGGAGCUUUGUUCAGACAUGAGGCUCUUUCAAAGGAUGCAGCUGUUGUCAAGAUGGCUGUCAAAUUUCUUAGAGCCUCUAUGACCAACUUAGUUAAGACUGGGUUCCCGUCUAGAGACAAUAACCCAAACUGCGAGUACUCCCGUGUGGACUUUGACAGUGAUGAGGACUUCAACUCUUUUUUUAAUUCUUUCCGAGCGCAGCAGGGGGAAGUUUUGAGGAGCACAUGCCGCAUUGUUCCUCUAGAGGCUUUCCGGAUAGGAGCAGAAUGGUUACAGUAUCAGAUUACUAGCCCAAUAGAUACUGGAGAUAAUGCAUCUAAGACUGCAGAGGGCCUGUGUUCCCUCUUGUCCCCUUCAGUGGUCCAGUGGGAUGCAAUGACGGUCUUCAUGGAAUGCAUGGUCUCGCAGAUCAUUAAAAGUGUGGAUGAGGAGAAGUUACCCAUUGAUCAGAGCAUGGAGCUCCUGCAAGCCGUGCUGAACUACGAAACCAAAGACCCGCUCAUUUUGUCCUGUGUGCUCACCAACGUCUCUGCCCUUUUCCCAUUGGCCAUACACAGACCACACUUCCUGCCACAGGUCCUCAUCAAGCUCUUUAAGGCCGUCACAUUUGAAAUUGAUCACGAACCCAAAGCACCUUGGACUCGAGCUGUGAAGAAUGUGAGGAGGCACGCCUGUUCUUCCAUCAUAAAAAUCUGCCGGGAUUACCCACAGUAUAUGCUGCCUUGUUUUGAGAUGUUUUACAAUCAUGUGAAGGAACUGUUUUCGAGCGGAGUCGCGCUCACUCACAUGGAGAAAUGCGCCCUGAUGGAAGCUCUGGUUCUCAUCAGUAACCAGUUCAAAGACUAUGAGAAGCAGAAGGCGUUUGUAGAUGAACUGAUGGCCUCAGUGGUUGCAGAGUGGACUUCAAAUGAGAUUAGGCAUGUGUUGUGGAACCCAGACACAUUCUUGUCCUUUAUUGGAGCAGAUAAGGUGGUCACAGAGCAAAAAGAAGAUGCAGAUACAGCAGCCAUUAAUAGAGGCAGAUUGAGCUUCUGUUUGUAUGCUAUAUUGGCGGUGGUGAAGCGGGCACACUGGCCUGCAGACCUGGAGGAGGCCAAGGCUGGUGGCUUUGUUGUGGGCUACACUCCUGCUGGAGCUCCCAUGUACAGAAACCCCUGCACUGCCCAGUUUCUGAUUUUGAUGCCCAAUUUACUAGCACUAAUCAGGACUCACAACAGUCUUUUCCUGCCUGAGAACAUGGCCCGUCUCAGUGAGACCUUCAGCAGAGCUCAUGAGAUCAUGGAUAGUGAGAAGAAAGUGGUUCUUGGUCUCUCUCAUCAUCUUUUGGAUAUUUACGACUCUCCCGUGUGUAAAACCAUGAUAGAGCGCAUGCAGGGAUUUUUCUGCACAUUAUAUGAUAACUGCUACCAAAUCCUGGGAAGUGCAGGUGUGUCCCUGCAGCAGGAGUUCUACAACAUCGACAAGUUGGCUGAAGGAAUGGCUGGCUCUGCUUUCGUCUCCCUCGACCAUGUGCCCGAUCACAGACUUCGCCCAAUGAUUCGUCUGUUUCUGAGGCAGCUGGUGCUGUCUUGUCCCCAGGAGUACUAUGAAAGUCUACUCUGCCCUCUGCUGGGACCAUUGUUUGGCUACAUGCUGCAGAGACUCAACAUGAGGUGGCAGGUCAUCAACCAGCGGACAUCUAUCAAUGGUGAGCAUGAGGAGGAGGAGGAGUUGGUUUGUCAGGAAACCCAAGUGACCCAGGAGAUGUUGGAAGAGCAAGUAGUACGCCUGCUGACGAGGGAGGUGCUGGAACUUCUCACUGUGACCUGUAUUUCCAGAAAGGUAUCUGAACCUGCAGCCAAUAAGGAGGAAAUGGAUGAGGAAGAUAUGAUGAUGGAUUCAGUGCAGUCAGCGUCUCCUGCUCAGCCCACAGAGGAGCUGACAGAGCUGGGGAAAUGUCUCCUGAAGCACGAGAACCUCUACAUGUCCCUGCUGACCCUGUCCUUUACCUCACUUUCCUGGAAGGAUGCCACCAACUGUCAUCGCACUGCUUCCCUGGUCUGCUGGACUCUGCUGCGGCAGGUUGUUGCGGGUAAUCUUCUUACUGAAGCUGUUACGUGGUUCUUUACCAGCGUUCUCAGGGGCCUUCAAGUUCAUGGGCAGCAUGAGGUCUGCAGCUCUACCCUCUCUCAGUUGGCAAUGCUCAUCUAUGAAAACCUGCGGCCUCGCUAUAUGGAGCUGAGAGGAGUGAUGACCCAGAUCCCAAACAUCAAUUUGGAGGCUCUGGACCAGUAUGACCACAGGCUCAUGGACCCCAGUGCCCAGAAGUUUGGAGAAAAGAAGAGAAAAGACCAGUUCAGGAAGCUUAUUGCAGGAACUGUUGGGAAAGCUCUGUGCCAGCAGUUCAGGAAGGAGGUUCAUAUCCGGAAUCUUCCAUCGCUCUUUAAAAAGCCGAAGCCAGAUAAGGAUAUAGUGAACAAUGAACCUCUGGGCCUGGCAGCUCUCUUCUCUCCCAAGAAUGAUGCCCUGUAGGAA